UCGAUGUGGUUGCUAUGACGAAGAGAAGCAUUACAGAACAUUCCGGAGUAACUUUUAUGUUAUGCAGCUAGGCUACAGAUACAUUUGCAAGGUUGCAAGUCGUAUUUAUAUUGCAAAACUUAGAAUGACUUAUGCUGCAAGUUCAGCUUUGGAAUCAAUUUAUUACGACGUAUUGAUGUAAAAACAUAAUGAAUGUACUGCCAAACCAUCUUGUCAAGUCACUGAAGGAAGAUUUCAAGAAAUUGGAUUACAGCAAGUGGGAGAGAUGCAACAGGAGCAAGACAGAGCCCCCUCCCUGGGUGAUUUUGCCCCCACUGCCCAACAAGACUACUGGCUCACCAAGCGAGCGUUAUCCAGCCACAGGGAGAGAGGAGAGUGGGACCUCCUCUGCCACCCAUAACUUUUUUCCAACAACCGACAAGCCAGGGAAGUCUCGCCCCAACACUGGCCAUGAAGAGUCCACUGCAUCAUCUAUGGGUCGACUCUCUCGACGGAGGAGGAACAAAAGAGUGAAGCUGGACCCCAUCACUUUGAAGAAACAAGAAAAUAUCAAAACACUGAAGUUGCUGAUUAUGUCGAGGAAGAAGACCCUAGUGGAGCUGGAGAAGCACUGUGCAUUGCUGCAGGAGAGCAACGUCCGUACGGCCGGGGAGAUAGACAGCACAGACAGACAGUCAGUGUCCAGUGCCAGGGAAUUCCUCAUCCGGCAUGACAAAUUAGGGAGUUCUAUAGCUGCGUUCAACAGCUGGAGCCACAGUCAGAUGGAGCAGGCCAAGACAGAGCUCCAGAAGGCUGAGACUGCUGCAAAGAAUAGACUUUGGGGUCUCCAUGAGCAGCUGAGGGAGGUGAAGGCAGAGCUGGUGAACGCCCAGGCGGAGCUCCACACCCUGAAGACCUACAAGGAUAAAGAGUACCCCGUCAAGGCCCUGCGCAUUGCCGAGAUAAAGAGAGAGAUUGAGAAACUCAAAGAGACACAGCAGGAUGAGAAUGAGGACGUGAACUUGCUGUGCCAGACAGAGAUGGUGUACCUGGAGAGACGAUCCCAACACGAAGAGCAGGAAGUCCUCUCUGUCAUAGCAAAGCAAAAUGUUUCAUAUAUUCCCUCUGUCGUCAAACUGAUGGCCGCACAUAAUCAGACGAUAAAGAAAGAAAUUGGAAUCCACAAAAAGGAAAUUGCGGAGCUGGAAGAUAAGAACAGAGAGCUGAUUCAGAGUGUCCAGGAACUGCAAAUAUCACGGACCAACAUCAGGAAAGACAUCUUCCAAGACGUUUUCCCCAAAUCAGAUAAGCUGGUAAAUAGCGAGUCCACACAGAUACAACUGAUUUCUCUCACUCUAGUCACUUUUGGGGAGAAAGUAUGUUUAUUUAAAGAUGCACCCCGGAUAUGGAGGUGACCUUAAACAUCCCUCGUGAGGAGUGGCUCCCCAUUUAGAUGUGUGACAGACUAGGAGAGACACGACUUGUGUGUCGCUCGGCUGCAUUUAAACCUGCUGGGCUCUUCUUGGCACAACCCCAGAAUUUCUGUUAUACUGAGUGCCCAUCUUCUCCUACUAAAGUGCCCAAUCUUCUUAAACCAAGUUCUGCAUUGUAAUACCAGUCAACUGGGGCCAAUAAACAUUUGUGAACAUUUCUAAUAAAUACCUCCAUGGUUCAAUUUCAAA